GUGUGAGUGUAUCGUAGGUGUUCUACAGUGUGUUUCUGUAGUUAGCAGUGAGAAAAGCUUGAAAAGCAUUGGUCUCCUGUAUCCUGCUAUUUGCCCUCUUGCCUUUCUUUGCCUGAGUAUUCAGUUACUUAAAAUUGUCCGUGAUUAUGCAGUUAGCAUACCAGGAAUAUGCAGUAAAGAACAAAGUGGAUGUUUUUCAUGGAGUUUACUGUGUGAGACGAAAGGCAGUUUACUGUUCAUCACUGGAAGUACAGUACGUGCUAUUGAAAAACAAGGAUUUUAUUGAGGAUUUAUCUUGGGAUCCCAUGGCUUUCUUUACUGGGCUCUGGGGCCCCUUCACCUUUGUAAGCAGAGCACUGAUCCAUCGCUGUUUCAGCACCACUGGGAGCCUGAGUGCGAUUCAGAAGAUGACGCGGGUACGAGUGGUGGACAACAGUGCCCUGGGGAACAGCCCAUACCAUCGGGCUCCUCGCUGCAUCCACGUCUAUAACAAGAAUGGGGUGGGCAAGGUGGGCGACCAGAUACUCCUGGCCAUCAGGGGACAGAAGAAAAAGGCGCUCAUUGUGGGGCAUCGCAUGCCUGGCCCCCGAAUGACCCCCAGGUUCGACUCCAACAACGUGGUACUCAUUGAGGACAACGGGAACCCUGUGGGGACCCGAAUUAAGACACCUAUCCCCACCAGCCUCCGCAAGCGGGAAGGCGAGUAUUCCAAGGUGCUGGCCAUUGCUCAGAACUUCGUGUGAGUUGAGCCCAGGCCUCUGGUUGCAGGAGGGUUUGUGAAUGGUGCAGUUCCAAGAACCACACUUUUGCUAAGGGAGCUUGGGAGCCACAUGGCUGCUCCCUUCACACUGGGUAAUAGUGUCCUAUGAGAGAAUAAAUAUAUUAAUUUA